AUGGAUAAAUUUAAUUUAAAAUCAAAAUUAUUCUAUUUAAUCAAUGUAGAAAUUCAGUUACAUAAAAUUUUACAACCAAAUGCAUCGUUCACUGUUGUAUCAGCUGAUCUUGAAUGGUUUGGACCUUCGAUUUCACAUGAAAUAGUUCAAAUAUUUCUUGAAUUUUGUGGAGUAUCUCAAAUUUGGCUUGAUUUUUUUGAUCGUUUUCUUAAACAGCCCAUUUAUUACAAACCUGAUGAACUCAUUCGUCAACGUCAACGUGGUGUACCAAUUUCACAUUCACUUUCUCAUCUAUUUGCUGAAUUACUUCUAUUCGGUUUAGAUCUCUAUAUAUAUCAAAAUACUGAUAUUUUUAUUUAUCGUCUUCAUGAUGAUAUUUGUUUUUUUAAUUCUCAAUCAACUAAAAUUGAACAAGCUUGGACAUUGAUGAAUGAAUAUGCACAAAUGACUGGACUUAAAUUUAAUGAAGAAAAAUGUGGUUCCAGACGCAUUCAACCAUCAAACAUAAUAACUAAUGUUGAUGAAUUAUCAACAAAUGUUAUAUUACCUUCUAAAGACGUUAAAUGGGGUUUACUUACUCUACAAUCAUCUGGUCGUUUUAUCAUUCAUCAAGAGACAAUUCGACCAUUGCUCGAUGAAAUGAAAACACGAUUAACAAAUGCAACAACUAUUUUAGAAUGGAUCAAUUUAUAUAAUAAAUAUAUAUCUUUUUUCAUGUGUAAUUUUGGUCAAUGUGCUAACAUUUUGGGUACAUAUCAUAUUGAACAUAUAAUUGAAAUAUUUCAAUAUAUUCAUCGAUAUAUUUUUCCUGAAACAAAUGGCAAUGCUUUGAUAAUUCUUACAAAUCGUAUUGUUGAACAAUUUCCUAGUUGUUUGACUGAUGAAAUUUGUGAAGCUUGGUUCUAUUGGCCAUUGACACAGGGUGGAUUAGGUUUGAAAAAUAUUUAUCUUGAUUUAUAUAGUGUUCAACAAUAUUUGUUAUCGAAAAAGAUGGUCGGUUUUAAUCAAUUAUCGGCUAAAGAUGCUGAAAAAUAUGCUGAAAUAGAGUUUGAAUAUAAGCAAGCAAAAAAACAUAAAAAAUUCAGAUUCAUUGCACAAUUUAUGCACGAUGAUGAAACAUUCAUCACUUUUGACGAAUAUAUACAACGUCGUGAAACUCAUCUUUCACAUUGGACAGCUGUUUAUACAAAUAUGUUAGCUAUUACUCCAGGGUUAUCCCCUAAUUUGACGAACAUUUUUGUAGAUCAUAUAGAAAUCUUUCGAGAUAAAAGUACCCACAUGUCAUCUGAAAAACAGCAUAGAAUGAAAAAAGAUAGUGACAGUUAUUUAGAGUGGUUACUAUGUUAUUAUGGUGAACAAAUUCAAUCAACAUUUAGUCAAUUAGAUUUCAUUGACAGUGAAAAUUUACCUAUUGGUUUGAUAACAUUGAUGAAAACAACGAAUAUUGAUUGGAAUAAUGAAUCCAAAGAAGAAGAGUAG